AUGGUGCAGAAGUACCAGUCCCCCGUGCGGGUGUAUAAACACCCCUUUGAAUUAAUUAUGGCUGCUUAUGAAAGGAGGUUUCCUACAUGUCCUUUGAUUCCGAUGUUCGUGGACAGUGACACUGUGAGCGAAUUCAAGAGCGAAGACGGAGCUAUUCAUGUCAUUGAACGGCGCUGCAAAUUGGACAUAGAUGCUCCCAGACUGUUGAAAAAGAUUGCAGGGGUUGAUUAUGUUUAUUUUGUCCAGAAGAACUCGCUGAACUCUCGGGAGCGCACUCUGCACAUUGAGGCCCAUAACGAGACAUUCUCGAACCGCGUCAUUAUCAACGAACACUGCUGCUACACGAUCCCCAAAGACGAGCACAUUCUUCGGUUCCUACGCGCUCGGGACUUCAACAUCGACAAGGCCCGGGAGGUCAUGUGCCAGUCUUUGACCUGGCGGAAGCAGCACCAGGUCGACUACCUCCUGGACACGUGGAGCCCUCCGCAGGUCCUUCAGGACUACUACGCAGGGGGCUGGCACCACCACGACAGAGACGGGCGGCCCCUUUACGUGCUCCGGCUGGGGCAAAUGGACACCAAGGGCUUGGUUCGCGCCCUCGGCGAGGAGGCCCUGCUGAGAUACAUGGACAUUAUGGUUAGUCCGUUCAUUGACGACAACACCAGGAGGAAGUUCCUCAUUUAUGCAGGAAAUGACUACCAGGGUCCUGGCGGCCUGCUGGACUACAUCGACAAGGAGAUCAUUCCAGACUUCCUGAGCGGGGAGUGCAUGUGUGAAGUGCCUGAAGGCGGGCUGGUCCCCAAGGCUCUGUACCGGACCGCCGAGGAGCUGGAGAGCGAAGACCUGAAGCUCUGGACGGAGACCAUCUACCAGUCUGCGAGCGUCUUCAAAGGCGCCCCGCACGAGAUCCCCAUCCAGAUUGUGGAUGCCUCUUCGGUGAUCACCUGGGACUUUGACGUGUGCAAAGGGGACAUCGUCUUCAACAUCUAUCACUCCAAGAGGUCGCCCCAGCCGCCCAAGAAGGACUCGCUGGGUGCGCACAGCAUUACCUCCCCCGGAGGGAACAACGUGCAGCUCAUAGACAAGGCCUGGCAGCUGGGCCGAGACUACAGCAUGGUGGAGUCGCCGCUCAUAUGCAAGGAAGGGGAGAGCGUGCAGGGCUCUCACGUGACGCGGUGGCCGGGCUUCUACAUCCUGCAGUGGAGGUUCCACAGCACGCCUGCGUGUGCCGCCACCAACCUGCCGCGGGUGGACGACGUGCUGGCCUCCCUGCAGGUGUCCUCGCACAAGUGCAAGGUCAUGUACUACACGGAGGUGAUCGGGUCCGAGGACUUCAGGGGCUCCAUGACCAGCCUAGAGUCCAGCCACAGCGGGUUCUCUCAGCUGAGUGCCACUACCACCUCCUCCAGCCAGUCCCACUGCAGCUCCAUGGUUUCCAGGUAG